AUGUCCUACUUGGGACUAAAUGCCAGGUAUAGCUCGGAGAAACAUUGUUUUGUACACAUUGCCCGUUCACUUCUGCAUGCUCAGCUUCAUUUAGACAGUAAGGUCCAUGUAUUCAAGGCAACGUUUCAGAAUGAUCAGACUGCCUUCUUCAGUUGUCACUUCAAACUCUCCGAGUAUCAAGACAAUGAGCUUCACAUCAAUGGGCUCUAUGCAAACAAGCUGGGCAUCCGAGAAAAGGAUGAAAUUAUUUUGGAACCUAUAAGAAAUGUGCCACUUUGUGAAAGUGUUUUUGUAGACCCCCUAUCUGUGAAUGAUUGGGAGAUAUUGGAAAAAAAUUCCAGUUUUAUUGAGAACCAUUUACUUGAUCAAGUCCGUGUUGUGUGGGAAGGGCAAGUACUUCCAGUCUGGGUUCAGCAAUCUGUGUGCCUUUUCUUAAAAAUAAGAAGAAUUCGGCCACUUGGUGAGUGUGUGCUACUUCAACAACAGACAGAAGUAAUCGUCGCACGAUAUACUUCACUUGUACAUACAGAAAGCAAAAUGACGGAACAUGCUCCUGCCACUCCAACUCCUUCCCUCUUCAAAAAAUCUAAAAAAUUAGUGGUUAAUGAGAUGGCACCAUUAGAUGUUAGUCAAUCUCUGUCACUAUAUUCAGGACUCUUUCAGUAUUUGCAAAGUUUCUUUAUGUGGUCUAAUACACAACCAGAAAGUCAGCAUGCUGAACUUGUCUGCAGAAAGGGUGACUUUUCCCCUGACACUGUCUCUCUGACUUUACGUGUCCAAGGCUUCAGUGAGCGCUGGGACAUGUUCAAAAACAUUCAGGACUCCUGUCAAAACAACUCCUUAAAACCAAAGCACUUUCUUAAAAAUUCAGGACUUGUUUUUGUUAAUAUCUGUGAUGUAAAUGGACAGUGUAAUCUGUUGAAGUCCAUUCCACGAGUGUUUUUUGCUAAAAUGGUAAAGCUUCGGUCACCAAGAGAGUUACAUGGUGCCAAACCUGAGCCUGUAAGUAAGAGACAUUCCUCCUCAUCGGAAGACCCAAAUCAGCUGAGCAACAUUGUCCAGGUGUGCCUUGUUGGGACACAUGAAAUGAUAUGUGAGGAAGACAGUUCUCUGACAAGUUUUCUUAAUGAAAACAAUGUGUUGACAGGUCAUGUUAUGGUGCCCAACCCACUGAGACUUGUGCAUCAGCUAGAAGUUACCAGCAAAGUUGAACUACAGGGCAUUCGAGCCCACAGGGUCAAAUUACGGUAUCUCUACAUUCUUCCAUUAAGAGUUACGUUAUUUGGCCUUCAAGAAAGUUUACAAAGAUUGGAUGAAAAAACUGUACGGAAAGCUUUUGAACAAUGGAUUAUGAAAGCCACAUGUAUUACACGGCCUAUGAUUGUUUUUGACAGAAAACUUAUUAAAUUUAGAAUAAAGAAAAAAACAGAUUAUUGGGUGGAAGCUCUCUUGUCUUUCAACCAAAGUAAUCAUAGUCCAAAAACUGAGGAAGAGUUUAUUUAUGUUGAACUCCAUCCUGAUGCCCUGAAAUCUAUACAUUUGGUUAUCCAGCUUGAACCUGAAGCUACUGCUUCACAAAUACAAAAGAUUCAUCCAAAUCUCUUGCUUCAUACUGAAAUUGAUCCCCGUGUGGACACGGUCAAGUUAAAUACUAUCAGGGGUUUACAAGAGCAAUCAACAAAAGCAAUGCAGUAUUUUCGAAUGGUUCUCAGUACCACAGGCUGCACAUCCAUAUCACAGUCUCGUCCCUCUCUUGGAAUGUUGCUGAUUACUGGUGCCACAGGAACUGGCAAAACCAUUUUUGCCUCUUCCAUUUGUAAAGAACUCUUGGAACCGCCUAUACUGGCCUAUCCAAUAAUUGUUGCAUGUAAAUCUUUAGUGGGUAAAAAAUUAUCAAGUGUUCAUGCAAUUUUAGAACAGCAAUUUGAAGAAGCAAUGUGGAGACAGCCAUCAGUCAUUGUACUUGAUGACCUUGAUUGUUUGUGCAGCAAAGACAGUGACAUGGAUAUUGAUCCUCUUGAAAAUGUGCGGCUCACUUCAGUCAUCUGUGACUUUCUGAAAAAAAUAAAUGCGCUCCAUCCUCGAGUUGCUGUCAUGGCUACCAGUGAAUCAACAACAACACUCCACCAGAAACUCAUGACAUCACGUGGCAUGCAUUAUAUUCAAAUGGUCCUUAAUAUAUCCCAUCCAGAUCAAAAAACAAGAGAAGAAAUUCUUCAAGGGUUACUUGAGACCAAUUUAGCUGUCAAUCCUAAUUCCAUAAAGGAAGUUGAUUUAAAGAAAAUUGCUUGCAAGGCUGAAGGAUUUGUAGUACAAGAUCUGAAGAAACUUGUUAAUCGUGCCAUCCAUGCUCACCUUCAGUUUAAACAGUCAGAUUUGUCUGAAACUGGUUGCAAACUACAACUAGACAUGUCUGAACUAAUGCUCCAGCAAAGAGACUUUGAUGCUGCCUUUGUAGGGUUUUCUCCUCUUUCACUUAGAGGCAUUGAGCUUCACAAUUCUGAAACUCAAGGCUGGUCAGAUGUCGGUGGUUUGGAGGAAGUGAAAAGUUUAUUAAUGGAGACUUUUGUUUGGCCAGCGAAGUAUCCAGAAUUGUUUAAUAAAUGUCCCAUUCGGAUAAGAACAGGAAUAUUGUUAUUUGGUGCCCCAGGAACUGGCAAAACUUUGUUGGUUGCAGCUUUAGUCAAAGAGUGCCACAUGAACUUCAUAACUGUUAAAGGACCAGAGUUGCUUAAUAAAUACGUUGGAGCUAGUGAGCAAGCUGUACGGGAUACAUUUAAUAGAGCCAGGAAAGCAAAACCAUGUGUUUAUGUGCUUGGGGCAACAAGUCGUCCAGAUUUAAUAGAUCCUGCAUUGCUGAGGCCAGGACGCCUUGACAAGUGUUUGUACUGUGAUAUACCUAACAAAGAGGAACGUCUUGCUAUUCUGAAAGUUCUCACAGCCAAAAUGCAUUUAGAUGAUGACGUUUCCUUGGAGUGUUUUGCAGAAAUGUGCAAUUACUUUACAGGAGCUGACUUAAAAGCUUUAUUGUACAAUGCCCAGCUUGUAGCAAUUCAUGAGAAAAUUGGUGAUACAAACAAAAUGGAAAAUAAUUACAGUGAUCAGUAUUUCAAGGUGCGUCAAUCCAGUAGGGACAUAACCGACAAAUCAGGCAAAAUGAAUGUCACUUAUAUUCCUAAUCUGGAGACUGGAUGUACUCCUAUUUCAUCAACACUGGAAGAAAAAGUAGAAAAAGAGGUUACCCGGAAGGAAAAACGGACAAAGAAUCGACGUGAAUCACUAAUGCCCCCAGCUGAAACUGUUGAAGUAAUCACUGUGAAUCAUUCACAUAUAUUAAAAGCUUGUUCAAAAAUGAAACCCUCUGUUUCUGCUUCUGAACAAAACAAAUAUGAUGUCAUAUAUAAAGAUUUUAAAAAAAGCAGAGAAGCAAAUUUUAAUCCACAGACACCAACCCUAAAGCAGGAAUAUCUCCUUGCCUGA